AUGCCUCAUAUUCGACUCAACUCAGGGCGUCAGGAACCAUUCAUCGAAUCCCACGAGGGUUAUACACCAGUCGAUCUUCACUCUCAAUCCCCACGAACUCUCACACCAGCAAGCGAUGGUCCAUCACCUGUCAAUCUACAAGGAGUAUCGCCCUACGGAGUAUCGGCUGUUCCUGAAUCAUCCGAGUUCUUGCUCCCCCCCAAAAUGCGUCUUACGCCACGAGAUGACACCGAAAGAUCUGGUUCACCAGAUCGUUGGACUAGCUCACCGUCCAGUAUCGGUUCCAUCGGUCGAGAAAGUCGACUUGCGAUAGAUCAAUUUGCAGAAUUACGGAAAACAUCAUCGUCUCGCUCUGGAAGCGAUGACUACGAUAUCAACACGCAGACUGUCUCGGAGAAGUUCAAUAUCAUGCCCACUGCUGGUUUGUUGCUUUUCCCUGAAGAUGUAGAGAAGGACGAUUAUCUGCAUAAUCCUGAUUCUUCGGACUUGGAUCGCGACUGUGACAUUUGCAACCGACGUGGGAUCUUGAAUAUGGGCGGUCUGGUGUUCAUGACUCUCGGAAUUUUGUGUCUAUUCAUUGGAUACCCAGUGAUUACAUGGGUGGAAGGUGCUUUCAAACCCGGGCAUGCAUGUAGGGGUAAUGACUUGCUUUGUCUUGACGUUGGCGAGCAGCCUUUGCUGGAGAAUAUCCGGAAGGGUUUGAUCGAUCCCGAUACCCCGAAGGAAGCACUUACCAAAAAGAAUGCAGAUGGAAAAGAGUGGAAGCUAGUGUUCUCAGAUGAGUUCAAUAUGCCUGGGCGCACAUUCUACGACGAAGACGACCCAUUCUUCCAAGCAGUUGACAUGUGGUACGGUGUGACCAUGGACAAAGAGUGGUAUGAUCCUGAUGCAGUCACUACAAACGAGGGUGUAAUGGAAAUCAGAUUUGAUAAUUUCGAGAAUCACGGGGUGAAGUAUAGAUCUGGAAUGAUACAGAGUUGGAACAAGCUUUGCUUUAAGGGUGGUCGGCUGGAAGCCAGUCUCUCACUCCCUGGUGACGGACAUAUCCAAGGUUUCUGGCCCGGUUUCUGGGCAAUGGGAAAUCUAGCACGUCCCGGCCAUGCAGCCUCCACCGAUGGGUUGUGGCCGUACAGCUAUCACGAUGGGUGUGAUGCGGGCAUUACUCCGAACCAAAGUUCCCCGGAUGGAAUCAACUUCUUACCUGGUAUGCGUCUUCCAGGAUGCACUUGUCCCAAGGCAGACCACCCUACUCCAGGGCGAGCUCGAAGCGCCCCUGAGAUUGAUGUACUUGAAGCGAGCACUGGCCCGCUGAACAAUGACUGGAACAACUUGAUCGGCACUGUAUCGCAGAGUAUGCAAGCUGCCCCAUUCGAUAUUUGGUAUAUGCCAGACUACGGUAAGAACCCCAGUGAGGGCUCAUCCCUAGACCAGGUCAUUAACUUGAUUUACCCAGACUAUACCGCUGUCUAUGACUCUAGUGUCACCGAGAUCAACGCCUACCGUGGCGGCGUCUACCAACAAGCAAUGUCAGGCCUGACAAACCUCAACCAUCGCUGGUACAACGGAACUGAAUACCAAAGCUAUUCCUUUGAAUAUACCCCUGGAGACAAAGGAGAUGUCACCUGGUUCGUCGGCCCAGACAAGACCUGGACGCUGGACGCCCGAGCCAUUGGACCCAACGGCAACAUCGGGCAGCGCAUGAUCCCCCUUGAGCCAAUGUCUAUCGUCAUGAACCUUGGCAUGGCGGACAACUUCGCGCCACAGAACAAGUCAAUUCUCGAAUACAUGCCGGCGUACUUACGCUUUGAUUAUGUUCGUAUUUAUCAGGAUCCCGAUGAUGAGAGCGUUACAUGUGACCCUCCGGGAUAUGAGACAACGGAGUACAUCAAGCAGCAUCAACGGGCAUACGAUAACCACAACUUGACUACUUGGGAGGAUGCUGGAUAUCAUUGGCCGCAAAAUAGCUACAUGAAUCAAUGCUAG